AUGCUCCAGUUUUAUAGAAGCAAAGUAGCAUUUAUUGAAGAUGAACAAAUUUGUCACAGUCCUGUUUUUAUUCAAGAGUCAUCUGAUGUCAUAUAUUCAGAGAAUUCAGAAAAAUCAGAAGUGCUUUUGAAUUGUACUGCAAAAGGUUCUCCCUUGCUACACUAUCGGUGGAAGCAAAAUGGCACAGAUAUUGAUCCUAGCAUGAGUAAUGACUACAGGCUGGUUGGCAGCAGCUUGGCAAUAAAUAAUCCACAUAAGAAACAGGAUAUUGGAACAUACUAGUGUUUGGUCACAAAUUCAUUUGGAAUGAUUCUGAACAGGAAAGCAAGGCUUCAGUUUGCAUAUCUUAAUAUCUUGAAAACUAAAGCAAGAAGUGCUGUAUCAGUCAGAGAAGGACAAGGAGUCGUUCUAUUCUGUGCAUCUCCACCACACUAUCGAGAUUUAUCAUUUGCUUGGAUUUUCAACAAUAAUCCCUUAUAUGUUCAGGAAGAUGGUCGUCGGUUUGUCUCUCAAGGGACAGGAAAUCUAUACAUUGCUAAAGUGGAAGCUUCUGAUGUGGGCAUCUACACUUGUGUUGUAUAAAAUAGAGAAAUAAAGCAAAGUGUUCAGGGGCCACGCACACUACUUGUGCUUCGGAGUGAUGGUGUGAUGGGGGAAUAUAAGCCAAAAACUGAAGUGCAUUUUCCACAGACGCUGCAGGCAGCAAAAGGCACAUCCAUUCGGCUGGAAUCUUUUGCCCUUGGAAAUCGUGUUCCCAGCAUCAUUUGGAAGAGAUCUGAUGGUAUCCCAUUAGCCAAAAAAAUCAGCACAUUGAAAGGAAUCCUGGAGAUCCCAGAUUUUCAAUAGGAAGACAAAGAUUUUUAUGAAUGUAUUGCAAGAAAUGUACAGGGAAGCAAUAUUGCACGGGGCCAACUGUUUACAUAUGCUGUUCCAGAAUGAAACAAAAACAUUGAGAAUACACAAGUUUUUCUUUAUGAAAGUUUAGUUUGGGAAUGUGAAGCAAGUGGUAAACCAAAAACUUCAUAUAGUUGGUUUAAAAAUGGUAAACCACUUAUAUCAGAGGAAAGAAUUCAAAUUGAAAAUGGCACUCUUACUAUAAGUGUGCUGAACAUGUCAGAUUCUGGUCUCUAUCAGUGUGUUCCAGAAAACAAAUAUGAUUCCAUUUAUUCCAAUGUUGAGCUAAGAGUCUUGG